CAGAGUUCAGAGGAGUGCCAUAAGAUUCUUUGGGAAAUCUGCUUAUAUCUAACACAAAGACCAAGCAAAGACGAGUACUGAAGAGUUGAAUGCCAUAAGUUUCUUUUGGAGAUUUUCAAAAGGAUUACAUUUACCAAUGAAGUCCAUCAUUUACCUCUCGUUGUUAGUGGUCAUUGUUCAAGUCCACGGUCAUCACCUUCCAGGACACCAGGACAAUGACCAGGAUAGCCACCCCCCUGGACAAAGGAAUAAAACCACAGCCUAUCAAAAAAUAGUCCCUGUCAAUGCUGACUUUGCAUUCAGACUCUACAGGCACAUAAUUUCAGAUGGAGCUGCUAAAAAUGUUUUCUUCUCUCCCAUAAGCAUUUUCUCUGCAGUGGCAUUGCUGACCCUCGGUGCCAAAUCUGAAACCCACCAUCAGAUUCUCAAAGGACUUGGUUUUAAUUUGUCAGAGAUUGAGGAGAACGAGAUACAUGAAGGAUUCCAAAACCUCAUCCAAAUGCUGAACCAUCAAAAUAAUGAAGCACAGGUGAAUGUAGGGAAUACCUUGUUCAUCAACGAGUCGCUGAAAAUCCUGCCUAAAUUUUUGGAGAACGUCAAAACGUUCUAUGAAGCUGAAUGUUUUUCAGCCAACUUUAAUAAUCCUACAGAAUCCAAAAAGCAAAUAAAUGAUUACGUGAAGACUAAAACCCAUGGCAAAAUAGCUCACGCAGUUCAGGACCUUGAUCCAACCAUCGUGAUGGUUCUUGUUAACCAUAUCUUCUUCCAAGCCUAUUGGAAAAACCCUUUCAAGACUGAAUCAAUUAGGGAAGAAGAUUUUUUUGUAGAUGCAGCCACAACUGUGAAAGUCAACAUGAUGUUCGAAGAAAACCAUUACAACUAUGUCCGUGAUGAAAGUCUGUCUUGCUGGGUGGUGGAAGUUCCCUAUAAAGGAGAUGCUUCUGCCUUGUUUAUUCUGCCAGACGAAGGGAAAAUGGACCAUGUGGAAAGAGGUUUGACGAAAGAAACUCUGACUAAGUGGAGAACAUCAUUUACAUAUGAUGAAAUACAAUUGUAUCUCCCACAAUUUUCCAUUUCUACGUCCCUUGAUGUCAAAGACUUGUUGCAGAGACUGGGUAUUACUGAUAUCUUUAAUGACAAUGCGGAUCUGUCUGGAAUUACUGGGGAACGGAAUCUGAAGGUCUCCAAAGUUCUUCAUAAGGCUUUCCUGGAUGUCCAUGAGAAUGGCACAGAAGCAGCAGCAGUCACUAUUGUUAAAUCUGUAUUUUUGUCUGCUCGGUUAACCCCUCCUCUAAGCAUCACCUUCAUCAGACCCUUCCUAGUGAACAUUUACAGCACUGACACAGACAGCUUGGACUUGAUAGGGAAAGUGGUGAACCCAUCCCAACAAUGAUUGUGAGGUGAACUGCCUGAGGCUUCCAUUUACAUUUUGUGUGUUUGUCUAAGGCUGCAGUCCUACACACACUUACUAGUAGGUGUGUGCAGAGUGGGUCUUCUCUGCCCCAAAAUUCGGGGCAGAGCCCCAUUGAGGUGAUUCUCUGGCCUGACUUCAGAGCAGCUCCCCUUACUCCGCCCUGUUGGAUUACCCGUCGGAGAACCACCCAUUUUCAGAGAACUGCUGUAGUCAUGUGGAAAUUAAUCAAACGCUUACAGUACCCUCAUUCUUAAAGAUAAAGAAAUGGAACUUAGCAUGGUGAUAGCUCUUAAGUAGGUCUUUAGACAUGCCAAGUGUUUUACAGAUCUAGUCAUGCCUUGAUUUUAUAGGAUUUUUUUUAAAAAAAUCCCCUCAAACGAUUUCCAUCCCUCUUUAACAGACACAAACACACACACAUUAAUCCACCCCUGUGCAUUUGUGGAGGGAACUUUUCUCUUUUACUUUGCUGAAGCAGAGCUCCAUUGUUGCUGGUGGAAGUUUCUACUCCAGCCUUCUCCAACCUGGUGCCCUCCAGAUCUAUUGGAUGGACCCCUACACACACACCUGCACUGGAAGACCAGCCAGCCAACAGGAGUAAUAGUUUAACUGAAAUAAAGAGCCUGCCUGACUCAGGUGUAGAUGCUUACUCACUCAUGAUGCCAGCCAUCCUAGCAGCAUUUUCACACUGUGGAUGAUUGACUUCUAUGAGUUUGAGCAGAAAUGCAUUCCCUUUUUCCCCAGCCAGAACCAGCAGCCAAUUAGUGUUUCCCACUCCCCUGAACACAGCAAUUGGAGGAGAACAUGGUCAUGAACAACACUGUGGCAAUUCCUAAGUGGUUAGCCACAGAUGUCAAGAUCAAAGGUACCCCUCACCCCACUCAGCAUCUUCCAAAUAUGUAGAUAUUCAAUUGAGACACACAAACACACACAGCAUUGACACCUGAAAAACAGUCACAUAAUUUUGGAGACUUUAGAAGCUCCGAUUGGGCACACCUCCACUCUGAAAUUAUUCGAUGGGUUUGGAAGCAGCCGAUCUCCACUCUGAAAGUUCAAAUGCUCCACAGGUGUUCACAGUUACCAGAUCUUUCCAGGGCAGAAUGCACAUCCCUACUUCCUAAGGCGUAAGCCUCAUUGGACACAGUGGACCUUACCUUUAAGGAAACAGGGCUAAGAAUGUUCUGAAUGAAUGGACUUGCAACAGCAUCCACCAAGCCUUAGUAGUAUGAUAACUGGUUGUACUGAAGACGAAUAUGAUAUGAGAAUGAAUGCAACAUUUCUGUGGAAUAA